CUUCGCUGACGGUUCAUGCCUGCGACGGAGGGGUCAGGUUUUGUGGGCGGGGCGGGGCGGGGGGCGUGGCUUCCCUUCCUUCCCCUCCCCUACGAGGGGCGAGGAAGCUCCGUCCUGCGGUCGCCACGCGGCGCUUCAGGCCGGAAAGGAGAGAGGAUCGCGGGGAAAGAAUUCCUCCUCCUCCGUCCGGAGAUGGAGCUGUCCGGUCUGAGCGCGGCGGAGGCGGAGGCAGAAAGCGGGCGGCGGGGGCUCUGUGGGCGCGUGCACGAGUCGGCGUCGCGGUGGGUGCUUCCGGAGGGCGCGCGGGCCUCGUACCUGGAGCGCGCCUCCUGCCUCCCGCCGCCGCUCUUCAUCCUCCUCGUCAGCGCCGCCGAGCUGUCCGUCUUCGCCUUCUACGCGGUGCGGGAGCCCCAGGCCCAGUGGGUGACGCUGGAGAGCGGCAUCUGGGAAAGCCCCCUCACCUACCGCCCCGACCGGAGGAGCCAGGCCUGGCGCUUCCUCUCCUACAUGCUGGUCCACGCCGGCAUUGAGCACAUCUUGGGGAACCUGGUGCUGCAGCUUGUCCUGGGGAUCCCACUGGAGCUGGUUCACAAGGGACACCGAGUUGGGCUUGUCUACCUUGCAGGAGUGCUGGGAGGGUCCUUGGCCAGUUCAGUCUGUGACCCACUCCUGGGCCUUGUCGGAGCUUCAGGGGGUGUCUAUGCUUUGAUUGGAGGAUACUUCAUGAACGUGCUGGUGAACUUCAGAGAAAUGAUCCCGCUGUUUGGUGUUGCCAGGCUGCUCUUCAUCUUCAUCAUAGUGGGAACAGACGUGGGGUUUGCUCUGUACAGAAGGUUUCUCUCAGAUGCGGAUGGGUUGAAGGCUUCUGGCGGCUGACUCUCCUCCUCUUUGCUCAGAUGGGUUUGGACUCUCUUCCUUCUGCUGACUUUCCAUCGCAGGCAGUGGCUGCCCUCUACCUCCUCUCUCUUCUUCCUCUCUCUUCUUCCAUGAGAUGAGGCUGCCCUCAGGCUGGAUGGUGCUCCCCUCCUCUGCCGUGAGUCUGUCAGGAGCCCCAGGGGGCUGAGGGAUGCUUGGGAGGCAAGGCCAAGGUGGGAAGGUUUUUUUCGUGUCAGGAGCUACUUGAGAAACUGCAAGUCGCUUCUGGUGUGAGAGAAUUGGCCGUAUGCAAGGACGUUGCCCAGGGAACACCAGGAUCUUUUGAUGUUUUUUACCAUCCUUGUGGGAGGCUUCUCUCAUGUCCCCGCAUGGAGCUGGAGCUGAUAGAGGGAGCUUAUCUGCGCUCUCCCCAGGUGGGAUUCGAACCUGGCAGCUUUCAAAUCAGCAACCCAACCUUCAAGUCACAAGGCUUUAAUCCACUACGCCACCGGAGGCUCCGGGUGGGAAGGUAAUUCCCAGACUUCUGGGUGGCCCUGAGUGGAAGGGAUCGUGUCCUCACCCUCCAUUUCUGGCCGGCCCCCAUUGUCCGUCACCCAUGUGAGCACCCCACUGAGGGAAGGCAGACAUCAGGAUCCCCUAUGCCGGUGGGGCUGCUGCCUUCCCCGAGAAGGUCUUUGGGUUGUACAAACCGGCCCUUUGGGAGCCUGGUAGCGCUCCUCCGAAUAAGGGAGAGAGGUGGAACAACCCUCCGAGGACAGAAACGUGUGUUGGGGGCACCAGAUGCAUAUGGCCUAAUAGCCCUCUUGCUCUGUCGGCAUGGAGCCCCCCCAUAUCCCCUUUGAUUCUGCCUCCCUGGAGGCUCUUUGGGGCCAGCGCUCAGCUCCUGCCUGCUUUCUCAUCUUCUUCUUCUCUUACUUCCUCUUGUGGCUGCCUCUGGCUCCUCCUUGAGCCCAAACAAAUGGCACCAUUAAGCGCAUGUGUCAGUAUCGUGUUUGUGUUGUGUAUGUCUUCUCUCCAAAGGUUUCCUUCGUGGCCCACAUUGCGGGCGGACUGGCCGGGAUGUCAGUGGGAUACGUCAUAUUCAGCUCCUUCGACAGAAAUUUCGCCAAGGACCCCCGGUUCUGGGCCUGCAUUGGUGCCUAUGUGCUCUUCAUGGUGUUU